AUGGCAACUAUAACGAUCACGGGUGUGGAGGGUCGCAAGUUCGACGUGCCGACGGGCCUUUUCAUCAACAAUGAAUUUGUGCCAGCUAAGAGCGGUGCCACUGUAAGCCUGGAGAACCCGGCCUCGGGUGCAAAACUUGGCGAUAUUGCGUCCGCGGAGGCUGCAGACGUCGACGAGGCAGUCAAAGCUGCCGAGACAGCCUACAAGACGGUCUGGUCUCAGACUCUCCCGGAACAGCGUCGCAACUUGCUCAACAAGCUAGCUGAUCUGAUGGAGCGUGACGCCGCCGAGCUAGCUUCUAUCGAGGCAGUCGAUGCGGGAAUCCUGUACCGUGACUCAUUUGGCAUGGCUGUUCCUCAAGCCGUUGAGACCUGCCGCUACUACGCAGGCUGGGCGGAUAAAUUGGAUGGCGACUCACUUUCGCUGGCCAUGGGAAUGGCAUACACACGCCGCGAACCCUUUGGCGUGUGCGCGGCCAUUGUGCCCUGGAAUGCUCCCCUCAUGAUCACCUCGUGGAAGCUUGCGCCAGCUCUUGCAGCCGGAAACUGCUUGAUCAUCAAGACUCCUGAGAUCGCCCCUCUAUACGGCCAGAAGCUUGCCAUGCUUGUCAAAGAAGCCGGGUUCCCACCCGGUGUUGUGAGCAUUCUUUGUGGGUUGGGUAGCGUUGCUGGCCAGCGUCUUGCCGAGCAUCCCGACAUCCACAAGCUGUCUUUCACUGGAAGCGCGGCCGUGGGACGGGCAAUUCUCGCGGCUUCUGCGCGCACCAACCUCAAGAAGGUGACGCUUGAGCUCGGAGGAAAAGGCCCCAGCAUCGUCUUUGACGAUGCUGACUGGAACAAUGCUCUGUUCUGGACGACGGCGGGUAUCACCAUGAACAACGGUCAGAUUUGUGCCGCUGGCAGCCGUAUCUACGUGCAAGAGUCCAUUUACCAGAAGUUCAUUGAGCAAUUCUCGGCCAUGUCGCGCGACGCUGUUGCUGGUGAUCCUCUCCUGAGCACCACUACCAAGGGUCCCCUGGUGAGCCAGAGGCAGAAGGACACCGUUAUGAAUCUCAUCAAGGCUGGAAGGGAGCAAGGCACCAAGAUUUUGCACGGUGGUGAUGACAGCGAGCUAGAUCCCAAGGGCCACUUCGUUCCCAACACAGCAUUUGUAGAUGUUGGUGCAGACUCGACCAUUAUGCGUCAAGAGGUCUUUGGUCCUGUGGCCAGCAUUGCAUCCUUCAAAACAGAGGAAGAAGUAGUCGCUCUGGCGAACGACUCCCACUACGGUCUCGCAGCUGCGGUCUUCUCCAACGACAUCAACAAAGCCAUCAGGGUCAGCAACGCACUGGAGGUCGGCCAGGUCACUGUGAACAUGUGGGGAGUUGUUACAGCAAAUACUGCAUUUGGAGGGUACAAGGAGAGUGGCAUGGGACGAGAUCUGGGCAAGGAGGCUCUGGAUGGCUGGACUCAGGUGAAGUCAGUCAAGGUACAUCUUCUAAAGGCAAAUAUAUAA